CUCCGCUUCCGGCAUCGGCAGUGGGGAGUCCCUGGCGCUGUCCUCCUUGUCUGGUUAGUAGGAUGGCGCCGGGCCGACGCGGUCGUAUCACCGAGAGCGGACGGCCGUUAAGAGCCUCCACUUUCUCCCAAAGUUUAUCUCCAGUGGCGGGGGAUGGGGGAGGCCGGUCCUUCCAGGUUGUCCGCGUUCCCUGCUCCUUCCUAUUACGGAGACGUGGGCCUCCAUCGUUCUAGCCCUCUCGUCCUGUUCCCGUGUGCCUGCUAGAGCGUCUCCUCGCCGUUUCCUGUCGCCCAGGGGCCCGGGAGGAAAGAAGGGGGCGUAGCGCUAUCGCGGAGGGAACUCGCGAGCUUGGGUGACUCGCAGAAACCGGAAGUGUUGAAAGGCUGGCCGGAAGUGAGGGGGCGGGGCCAGGAAGUGAGGAGGGGCGGGGGUUUAUGAGGAGGCCAAGGGAGCGUUAGGACAGAUUUGCACUCAGGGCCACCUGAGGGACUUGGCUGUAGCGCUCAGCUCUGUCCCCUCCCCUCUCAGAGACACGGUAGUCGUCUAGGAGUAGGGAACUCUGUGGAGGGGUGGGUUGUCGGGAGGACCUUUCUGUGUCUGCGAUUGAGGCAAGGUGUGGAGAGUCGGGGUGGGGGUGGGGCCGGGUCGUCAGGGCGUCUGAGAGGGAAGACCCCCCCCCGCCCCACCCCCCCACCGCCCAUCUACACUGGCUGACUGGACACUAAGAUGGCUGCCGUUGCCAUGGCACCCAACCCUGUGCAGACCCUUCAGGAGGAGGCGGUGUGCGCCAUCUGCCUCGAUUACUUCACGGACCCCGUGUCCAUCGGCUGCGGGCACAACUUCUGCCGAGUGUGUGUAACCCAGUUGUGGGGAGGGGAGGAUGAGGAGGAGAGGGACGAGUUAGACCGGGAGGAGGAAGAGGAGGACGGAGAGGAGGAGGAGGUGGAGGCUGUGGGGGCCGGCGGGGGGUGGGACACCCCCAUGAGGGAUGAAGACUAUGAGGGCGACAUGGAGGAGGAGGUCGAGGAGGAAGAGGAGGGUGUGUUCUGGACCAGUGGCAUGGGCGGGUCCAACUGGGACAACAUGGACUAUGUGUGGGAGGAGGAGGACGAGGAGGAAGAUUUGGACUACUACUUGGGGGACAUGGAGGAGGACCUGAGAGGGGAGGAUGAGGAAGACGAGGAGGAAGUGCUGGAGGAGGACGAGGAAGAGGAGCUAGACCCCGUCACCCCACUGCCCCCGCCUCCAGCCCCUCGAAGGUGCUUCACCUGCCCCCAGUGCCGAAAGAGCUUCCCCAGGCGGAGCUUCCGCCCCAACCUGCAGCUGGCCAACAUGGUCCAGGUGAUUCGACAGAUGCACCCAACUCCUGGUCGAGGAAGCCGUGGGAACGAGCAGGGCAUUUGUCCCAAACACCAGGAAGCCCUGAAGCUCUUCUGCGAGGUGGAUGAAGAGGCCAUCUGUGUGGUGUGCCGAGAAUCCAGGAGCCACAAGCAGCACAGUGUGGUGCCAUUGGAGGAGGUGGUGCAGGAGUACAAGGCCAAACUGCAGGGGCAUGUGGAACCCCUGAGGAAGCAUUUAGAGGCUGUGCAGAAGAUGAAAGCCAAGGAGGAGAGGCGGGUGACAGAACUGAAGAGCCAGAUGAAGUCAGAGCUGGCAGCUGUGGCCUCGGAGUUCGGGCGGCUGACACGGUUUCUGGCUGAAGAGCAGGCAGGGUUGGAGCGGCGCCUCCGAGAGAUGCACGAAGCCCAGCUAGGGCGUGCAGGAGCAGCGGCCAGCCGCCUGGCGGAGCAGGCUGCCCAGCUGAGCCGCCUGCUGGCAGAGGCCCAGGAGCGGAGCCAGCAGGGGGGCCUGCGGCUGCUCCAGGACAUCAAGGAGACUUUCAAUAGGUGUGAAGAGGUACAGCUGCAACCCCCAGAGGUCUGGUCCCCUGACCCGUGUCAACCCCAUAGCCAUGACUUCUUGACAGAUGCCAUCGUGAGGAAAAUGAGCCGGAUGUUCUGUCAGGCUGCCCGAGUGGACCUGACGCUGGACCCUGACACGGCUCACCCGGCCCUGAUGCUCUCCCCUGACCGCCGGGGGGUCCGCCUUGCCGAGCGGCGGCAGGAGGUUGCUGACCAUUCCAAGCGCUUCUCAGCCGACUGCUGCGUAUUGGGGGCCCAAGGCUUCCGCUCUGGCCGGCACUACUGGGAGGAACCUAAAGAACCCUCCUGGCCUGCAGCUUGGCCUUCUCUCACCUGCAAUGUCUGUCCAACAGGUGUGCAUGGGUCCCUGAUGAGAACAGCUGCCUGGUUUUUUUCCCCUCUGUCCACCCAGGGUUGGAGUUUUGACUAGGGGGUUGAGGGGAGACCUAACUCCAUUACUUAACUUCCCUUCCCCUGCCCCUACUUUUCACCUUUCUUGUCAGUUCCCAGGCUGGGAUAUUUGGGCAAGACUCCUGUCUGCCCCAAUUCCAUUUUCUGAUGCAAAUUUUAGCUAAGGGAUUUGGAAGCUUUUGGGGGAGGCAGGUUUGGCAAAAGGGUAGAGCUCGGUAAUGUCUACUCUCUGGGGGAAGUAAGGAGGGAUUCUAGACUCCUUCCAUCCCCAACUUCUACCUCCAUAGACUGGCCAGAAUUUAGCUGGAGAUCUGGAAUGGUCGAUAUGAAUGAAACCACAUACCAUUAUAUUACACAAUAAAUUAUUUUCUCCCCCAUCCUUCUUCUAACACUCACACUAGGAGUAAAGCUUACCCCACCCAGCCCUUCCAGGUCUUUUCACUGCCAGGCUCCUUUCCCCUUUGUCCAAUGAAUCCUUGUGUCCUUAUCCAGCUUCAUGUCUUUAGUUUUCUCCAUCCAUCUGGUGAGCCCUGACUGAGAGCCUGGGGACAGAGGGUUUGGAUCCCCAGGAGCACCUUGGGUAUAAUAUAUUUUUCUAGUAACCCCUUGCCUUCCGUCACUAGUCAGCUUUUAUCCUUUGCUUUGAGGGCAGAGGUCAACUUCUGUUCCUGGGGGAAAGGGAAGAUGGGUUGUGUUGUGGAAAUAAAAAAAUUUGCUUCUUU